AUGGUAGCACUCGCUCCUAAUAUAAUAUCUGAUGCUGUAUCACCAUUUUGUUUUCCUCGUGAUGAAAUAAGUUCGUCUGAUUUUAAUGUUGAUGCAUUUGUUGCAAAAUAUAAACGUGAAGUGGGAUUAGAAAAACUACGAGAUGAUUUAGAUUUAUUUUUACGUGUACUUAAAUCGUCUAUGGUUGAAUUGAUUAAUCGAGAUUAUGCCGAUUUUGUUAAUUUAUCAACAAAUUUGGUAAUAGUUGGUCUCGACAAAUCUAUAACCACAUUAAAAAAUCCAUUGACUAAUAUGAGAUCAGAUAUUCUCAAAAUAAAUGAAACAUUACAAUCACAACGACAAUUAAUUGAAGUUAAAUUGCGUGAACAAACAGAAAUACGUAAACGUAAACAACUGAUACAAUCAAUUAUUGACGUACAAAAAGCAAUAAGAAAAUUACAUGAACUUGAUGAUGCUGUUAAUUUGAACAACAUUGGCAUCACGGAAAUGAUUGAACGUGCUGUAGUUCAAUUUGGCUUUAUAAGUAUUGAAUUGAAGAAAUGUGGAAACGAAGAUAUUGAUUCAUUAAAAGCGCUGAUUGAAAAUCUUCAACGUGUUUUUCAAGAACGUUUAUCAUCAGCAUUUAUCAAUGCCUAUCGUGAACAAAAUAUGUCGCUAUUAGCCGAUUGUCUGAAAGGUUUAGCAUGUAUAUCAUUACAAAACGUUGCAGAACAAGCGUUUGCUCAAGAAAUUGUUCGACCUUAUAUGGAAAAAACAAUUCGCUAUAUUCUUAUUCAAACAACUGACAUAUUACCAGCAUUAGAAAAAACAUUAGAUUUUAUUCAAACAGAAUGUAAAGCAAUGUUGUAUGUUGUUGAACGUAUUAAUCGAGAAUGUGGUAGUCAUUUUGAUUUUGUUGUUAAUUCAAUAUUUCCCGAACUAUCAAAUUGUCUUGAACAAUCGUCACAUAUGAUAUUCUUUGCGGGUGAUCCAGAGAUGUUUCAUCAACGUUAUCAGCAUUGGAUGCGAUUUAUUGAACAAUUAGAUGAAUUAUUAUCAAAAGCAAGUGAACAACGUUUAAAAAGAUCGAAACAAUAUCAACAUUUUCUUAAUCGAUGGGAUUUAGCUGUUUAUUAUCAGAUAAGAUUUCAAGAAAUAGCAAGUUCAAUUGAAACUGUUCUUGCUCAUGAACCGUUGGCAGUUGCACCAGAUGGUAGUAAAUAUCGUACACUAGCAGUUGACACUAUAUUUAAUUCAAUCGAUCGAUGUUGGCAACCGAAUGUUUAUCUUGAACCAUUGGCUCAUCGUUUCUGGAAAUUAACGUUACAAUGUAUGUCUCGAUUUCAUGUGUGGUUGGAAUCAAUAACAACCAAGAAAAACAGUAGUGAUGAUAAUAUAAAAAAUCUUUUGAAUCUAUAUGUAGAUUUAGAGUCAUUCUACAAUGAAAUGAAAACAUAUUUUCAAAAUGUCAUCGUUCAAAAACUAUCAUCAUUACCCUCUUCAUCAUCAUCUAAAUUUGAUCAACAAUUGGCUGAUGAAGAGUGUUUAAUUACAAUUGUUGAGCAACGACGAACUGAUCUAAAAAGUAUGGUCAUUCGUCAACUUGUUAAUCGUUGUAUUGAAACAUUACAUUCUGUCCAAGAUAUACCACGUCUAUAUAGAAAAACAAAUCGAGAGGCACCAACAAAACCGUCAACUUGUAUUAUAGCCACAUUUCGUCAUUUAAAAACGUUUUCAGAUGAAUUUAGUGGCACAAUUCUUACAUACGAUGAAUGUCACAAAUUUCUAAAAUUAGCCAUUGAUGAUAUUACAAAAAAAUAUUAUGAUCUUUGCUCUGACAUACUUUCAUCUGUUCGAAAAAUGGAAGAUAGUAUUCUAUUAUUGAAACGUGUCCGAGAAACAUCCUCAGUAAAAACAUCAUUAGUACAAAAUAAUCCUAGUGUAACUGUGUCAGAUGAUAAUAAAAUUCGUAUGCAAAUAACCAAUGAUAUUAAUGCAUUUACUAAUGAAUUAGAAAAACUUGGCAUUACAUCCGACUCCUCCAAUAAAUUGACUUUAUUAAUAACGGAAGAAGGUCGACUUCAAGCUUAA